UGCCAUCUUAUUAGUAGUCAUGUCCUUGUCCAUGGGAUGACUAUGAGGGAGGCUGGGCAACGAGUACAACCAAAUUUGAGUCGCUUCACUGUUGCCUCCAUCAUCAGAACCUUCAGGGAGGAAAACAGGACACAGAGACGACCACCUGGUGGAGGCAGGUUAAGGCUUUUGUCGGAGGAGCAAGAGAGGGAACUUGUAAACAUGGUAAUUGCAAAUAAUGUAAUCCGCCUGCAAGAGAUUCAAAGGAGAGUGAUUGAGGAUGAUCAUCUUUUUCGAGGCAUAAAUGCCAUCAGCCUCUCCACAAUUGACCGCAUCCUCCGAAAGAAUCAAUUCCGGAUGAAACAGGCAUACCGAGUCCCUUUCGAACGAAACUCUGACAGAGUGAAAAACCAACGUGUGGAAUAUGUUCAGAGAAUCUUUGAGAUUGAAGGACGGCCUGUUCCCCAUGAAAUGAUCUUUGUGGAUGAGGCAGGUUUUAACCUGACCAAAAGAAGGAAAAGGGGGAGGAACAUAAUUGGCCAUCGGGCUAUUGUAAAUGUCCCUGGUCAGCGUGGGGGGAAUGUCACUAUGUGCGCAGCCAUCAGCCAACGAGGGGUACUCCACCGCCAUGCCGUACUAGGACCCUAUAACACUAUGCUUCUCCUUGCUUUUCUUGAUGGUUUAAGACAACAUAUGUUCCAGCUGGACUACAGGGAACCAGCACAGCCAGAGCAGCCUCACUACGUUGUUGUGUGGGAUAACGUCAGCUUCCAUCGCGCUGCUCUGGUUCGUGACUGGUUUACCAAUAACCCAAGGUUUUCUAAUAUCUUUCUGCCUGCAUACUCCCCCUUUCUAAACCCGAUAGAGGAGUUAUUUUCGGCAUGGCGGUGGAAAUUGUAUGACCGAGAACCUUAUGUCCGUGUUCACCUCCUUCAGGCCAUGGAAGAGGCCUGCCUAGACAUAUCAGUAGAUGCAUGCCAGGGGUGGAUCAGGCAUGCAAGAGGAUUUUACCCCCGCUGCCUGGCUGGGGCCAAUAUAGCCUAUGAUGUGGAUGAGAUUCUCUGGCCUGACCCAGACCAAAGACAAGAUGCUGUGGUGGGAUAAUGUUUCUGGUGUGUGUUGUACUGUAUAGUACAUGAAUGACAAUGUGCCACUGUACAUACAUUGGUUGCGUCUUUUGUGUUUAUCAUGUGACAAGGGUUUUGAAGGGGAGAACCAUAAGCAACCUAAUUGUUUUGGAACUAUUGUUUUGAAUUAAUUGUACCAGUGUGCAAAACUCUGUUGUAGUGUGUGUGUUUUUGAGGGCUUGUGUUUGAUGUCUGAGGGCAAAGUUCGGUUUUUCAGCAGGAGUGAAUAGUUUUGGGUGUAGAGCUUCAUUUUGACCUGGAAAUAGGAUGUUUGGGGAAUUGAGUGAGAUGUUAUGGAUUUGUGUUUACUGUUGUGCGGAUAUGAGGCGUAGUUUCAAGAAAUGUGUUUUAGCAAUCGAG